ACGUCUUUCCUGUCUGUUAGUAAAUGGCGGGUAAAUCGUGAGAGAGCAGCUGUUAAUUUCGCUACAAAGAAAAACAGGUUGAUGAACUUCACCACGUCCCCGACAACCGGUCGACAGAGUAAUGGCGUCUAAAAGAGGCGCCCUCAUUGUCCUGGAGGGGGUGGACAGAGCCGGGAAGACGACACAGUGCAAGAAGCUGGUUCAGGCGCUGCAGCAGAGCGGCCGUCCGGCGGAGAUGAUGAGGUUUCCCGACAGGAGCACAACCAUUGGGCAGCUUAUCAGCGCCUACCUGGAGAAGAAGAGUGACCUGGAGGACCACACGGUGCACCUCCUGUUCUCUGCGAACCGCUGGGAGCUGGUACCUGUAAUGAAGAAGAAGCUGGAUCAGGGCAUCACUCUGGUGGUGGACCGAUACGCCUUCUCCGGAGUCGCCUUCACCAGCGCCAAGCCGGGCUUCUGCCUGGACUGGUGCAAGCGACCCGACGUGGGCCUGCCCAAGCCUGACCUGGUGAUGUUCCUGCAACUGAACCCGGCCGAGGCCGCACUUCGAGGUCAGUUCGGCAACGAACGAUACGAAACAAGCGCUUUCCAGAAAUCGGUGCAGGAGAAGUUUGAGCAGCUCAUGAAGGAUCCGUCGGUCAACUGGAAGAUCAUUGAUGCCUCCCAGAACGUUGAAGGAGUUCACUCCGAUAUCAGAACACACAGCCUCAACGCCAUCAACGAAACCCAGAACAUGCCUCUAGGGGAGCUGUGGAAGUGAGCCUAAGCAGGGACUCAGGGAAAGGCACCAGAUUCACUUCAGCAUAAACAUCAAAAGUGUUAAGACUCGAAUGGAAACACACGUAUGUGAGAGAUGUGCAUACAGAAUUGAUCCUGAGCUCCUGCUACAGCUGCCACCGGGCCGUCUGGAUGUCCGGAGGCUGAUGAGAAGGAACGCUGCGUCGACUGCCCACGGACUGCGCCACUGGAGCUGGACCGGCUCAACAGGUCUCUUAACAAAUGUUCGUCUCCCUACCCCACCCCAUGCCCGCCUCCCCUCGGGGAUUUCUCUUCUGGAUCCAGAGAAGAGACCGGAAUCUUCCGCCUACUGUUCAGAACAGUAAAAUAAUUGUUCGUUGCGUUCCUUACAGGGACAAGAUUUCAAACUCCUCGUCCUCCGAAUCAAA